UUGUUUUUUUUUUGCGAAACUCUGGAACUACAAGUUGUCAUUAUUUAUAAAUUGACGUUCUAUGAACACCAAACUGCAUUCAAAGCAGUCUCUUUUCCUCAACUGCUCUCAAGUUAAUGAAACACGCUUUUUACGAUUUAUUUCCACAAUUGUAACACAAACGAAUUGUAACAAAUAUGACAAUCUUUAGCCCUAUCUAGAAAAAUGAGUAAUCAAAUAGAUGUUCAUAGAACUAUACAUAUACAAUAUGGACACAAAGGCCCAAAUAAGAAUUAGGUUUUCAAUGCUUUUUCUACAACAAGGUAGAUUAUAAUUGAUGUAGAAUUCUUUUGAAGAAGCGAUCGAAACAGCACUGUGCUUUCAACCGAACAGUGGAUAAAAGUUGUUCUCCAGUAGGUAUAUUGAGAUUAGCAGGCAAAUUAGAACUAUGAUAAAUUGUUCACUUAUCAAUUACGGAUAAACUAUUCUUCCAUCGUUCAAUUUUCCUACAUAUUCUACGUAAAAGUGAAAAAAGUGGAACUAAAAAAUAGCAUGUUUUCAAUACAAAUUCAUCAUAAAUUCCAGUUGGCAACACAACCCAAAUAUUUGCGUGAUUCUUUGAAGGCCAUAAACGAAAAGUCGCGUUUCGCGACUUGAAUCACGUAGUUCACAGCCUCAGUUGGUGGAAUACGAAUGCAACAAAAUUGCAUCACAACCUCGAAGACGAGAUUUGAAUAAACAAACAAAUCGAGCUGAUUCCUCUUAUCGCACGGAAUUAAACCUUUUGCUACCUCCUCAAAAAUCAAACACUUCCCCAGACUCACCUUUCCCGAAAAAAAGGUCGAAAAUGCGCGCACAUAAUUCCUCCGCAAAUAUUUCAUUCGGUUGUGUGUGUGUAUAACAAUUUUGCUUAUCGGUUAUCAGUCGAUCGAGAGUCAAUAGGUUGCCUGCAGUUGCCGCCGCUCGCGCAGAGUGGAUUCCGAAAUCAGCAGCAGCCUAGGUCCGCUAUCGGGGUGUACACACACACGGCACGGAACCAACCCUUGGGACACUGCAUCCAUCCAUCGCUAAAAGUUAGGCCACAGUCGUUAGCCCCUCCGCGAUUACUGUGCGCUGCCACUAUCUAGGUUAGGUUUGAUUCGGGUUGGAAGCAGGAUGUGUAGGCAAUCAGCAUCGGGUUUCAUGUGCUUGCUUACCCACAGUUACACUUUGGACUGUGCAUCCUUUCGCUGCAAGGUAGGAAACCGUACGGGUUCAAUAUUCGAACUGUUGUGCGGUGAUAGGAACCGCAGUUCUCAAGGAAAAACAAGUGAUAUAAAGCUACUUUAGUUUGUAUUCCGGCAAUUGAAGCAACCGGGUUUGGAUGCGAAACGGUAGAGGCGCAUGAGUUCACAGAUUGAUUAUGUUAUCACGAGGUAUAUGCCGCCUCCAUAAAACAAUCGACUGUGAUGUGCUAUUUUGCUUCACAUUCACUAGAUUUUUGCCAAUCUAACUCUUCACUCUUCCGUGAUAUUUACCUAUCUAUUUAUAUUAAUGAUUUUUUUUGGAAAAGUUCUGUUUUGUGCACAAAAAUAGUAGUAAUAUUUUAAACGAAAUUCAUAUUCGAUCGAGGGUAACUAUAUGCUGCUGGGGACGCAAAAUUCGUAUGAAAAGAAUCAAACAACACCUUUUGAAAUAUUCAAUUAUGUUGGACAAGACGGUUUAUUUGUGAACUACAAAGCAGCAUCGUUACGAGCGCUCACAGGUAACAGCAGCUAACGUGAAGUAAGUUUGAUUAUUCUUCGGAUGACAUCAGCAAGCUGCAGGAAGUGAUUUAGACGAGAGUUACACCUUCAAGGUUUACUCAACUUGGUUUGAAUUAAAUGCUAGUUUCCGUGAGUUCACUUUCGAAAUGAUGUACCAAUUAUCAUUAUUACUUGUUGAUUUCGUGGAAUCAAUUUUAGCGAAGAAAAAAUAUGUAAAAUGCCAUAAAUCAAAUCAAAGCUGUGUGAAAUCUGGAAAUUCCAAAAAUUCAUUCGAAUUAAACCCCCCUUAAAACGAACAACCUGCACACAGCUGUGAUUGCGUGUGUGUUUAUGCCGUUUCAAAGGGCACAGCCAGAACUCACUUUCGAUUACCGGCAGCCGGCAGUCCAUCGUUGCGUCUUUCAUCGAUCAGGUUAAAUUAGUCACGAGCUAAAAAGAUGAUACCGAACGUGAUAGCAAUAUGAGCAAUCCUCGAGCUCAAACGAGCGAUGAGCUGGAAACUGUGGAGGCUCAGAACUCUCUGUUCGACCUGCUGUACGACGGUUCGGCCCGUGCAGUGACAACUCGGCUUGGCCAGUUUGUGUACCGCCGGGUGGACAGUUUGCUGUCGAUCGUGGAAAAAACCGCUCGCUGGAGCCUUCCGCAGUCUUCUUCGAUUCAUUCUGCUAACGAUGACCCGAAUAAGAUAAGUAUUUCGGCACCUCCGCUGGUUCGACCGCUGCCGUGGUUACUCUUCCUUCCGGCUUUGAUCGCACUCCGGUUGAUUCGCGUUGCACUCUCGUUUCUGGCGCUGAUGCUUGGGAAGCCACCGGUUUAUCCCGCGACGGUGGUGGGUUUUCUACAGAACAGGCGCAGGAAGUUGCGGGCGCUUAAAUAUCACGGCCAGCGUUUGAAUAGAAUUAUCCGGUCAGAGAGCCAAGCAGGGGAAGAGUCUCGGCCUACCUGGUUGAACCGGGUUACUUUGCCCAUCCGGACGGUGGUUUCCACCCGGGCGUCGAUGAGGCAAUCGUCACAGGAGGCCAACCAUAUUGAUCAUCUGCAGCAGGUUACUAAGAAACGAAACGUCGAAGAGCGGGACUUUGAGGACAGUGAUGAUUCGUUUGAGGAUGCAGCCUGUAUGGAUUUGCUCGAGAAAUACGCAAACAUUGACGGAGAUUCCAGCUUCAAUGAAACUAGAAACGGAUAUCUCAAGACCACUACCGUCCCUGAAGCACAUCUAACCGAUCACGAGCCCCCAGGGAGAUGGGAUUUCCACCUUGCUGUUGCAUUGAAAGCACAAAUUUCUCUGGAAAUACCGAAAUGGCCAUGCCAUUCAAUCCUUUUUCCCGAGAAGUUGGCUCUUCCGGCGUUCACUAGCAGUUUCUUUGGACGCCCUCUCCUUAAUAAGACAUUAAAAUUAUCCAAAUCAUCGAACGACGCCGGAGAAGCAUCGGACGAAUCCUCGGACACGUCCGUUUCCGAAGCGGAGAAAUCCACCAGCGAAGAUGAUACCACGGCAGAUCCUCCAACGGAAUCUCAAGGAGCAUCAGCUGUAGCAGCAGCAGCAGCCGCAACAGCUGGAAAUAGUAUGAAUGGCCACACCGAAACAGAGAGGUCAGCAGAUCCGCAAGCCCAACCAGCCGAGGCAGAAAAGUUACAGAAAAAAUCAUCGCUGAACGUUAUCAAAGCUCUCAACGCAAACAUCUCCCCCAGCAUCGAGAGGGCCGAGGAAGCAAUCACCGAGAACGGAUCGCCCUCCGAUCCGAUCAGUGGUGACAAGCAGGACUCGAAAAACACUAAAACCGCACCGCUUGCCAAAACAACGCUCGCCGCUGUUGCUCCCGAAGCUGUUACUGCGAACAGCGUCAGCAUGAACAACAAUAACAACAAAGCACAGUCGGUCGCGGCGGGCGAAAUAAAGGGGAGCUUUCAGCAGCAACAGAAGAUUAGACAGCAUAAUCAACAACCGGCUCCCCUGCAGCCACAAAACUAUCAGCAGCUGCCAACAGUCACGGCGAACGGUGGCAGUGGAGGUGGCCGGAAACAGAAGAGAACAAAUCAAACUUACUCUUAGUGUACGCUGAUAAGUGGUUUAACUCUUUUUUUUUCUAAUGCUAACUCGACGGUUUAUUCUUCUUAUUACUCCCCUAUGUUUAAUGAUUGUUUAAUGGAUAUUUAAUUGUGGAAAUGAGUGUAAAACUAUUUCAUUAAUUUACAUGAUUCGAUAUGUUUCUUACUUACCCGAAGAUUGCUGGAAGAUUGUUUUGUCGUAUAAAAUACAUAGCAUGUAAGCAACA